UCAACAACUUGAAAUUUUAAACUUCAGUGCGCAACCGCAUUGUUAUGACCCCUCGUGCAGAUCUUCAGGAGUCUACUUUCUAGUCCAACGACCGCGUAUACAGCAACGAGCUGCACCAUCCUAUCAGAAAUGGCGGAUGCACAAGUCCUUUGCGGCAUACUCGAGGAAAUGACCUCUAGCAUGUCAUCAGUGCGAGAAUCGCUCCAACAAAUAUCAAAAUCUGAAGACGACAUGGAUAUGACGCACGGAAUAUCUCUACUUUCCCUCAAACACCACCUGCUUUUGUCGUACUUACAAUCACUUGUCCUGCUCUCCGCACGGCGAGCAACUGGUGACUCAUUAACAGAGAGAACAUCGACCGUGUCCCCUUUCAGCACGGUCGAUCGAGAGUCGCGAGGCUCUGGCGCUGGUGAUUUGGUCGACUCUUUGAUAGAAGGUCGUGUGGUACUCGAAAAAAUAAAUGUCCUGGAAAGCAGGAUGCGAUACCAGAUCGAAAAGCUGGUUAGAGUGGCUGAAGAAGUGUCUUCUGGCAAAGAUGUGGCCGAAGAUCCCCUCGCCUUCCGUCCAAACCCUCAAGACCUCGUUGGCAACGAGCGGCACUCCGACGAGGACCGAGAUGCCCAUCCCAACGUCGAAGACCCCGAUGGGAUAUACCGCCCUCCCAAGCUCGCACCCAUGCCCUACACGACAGCCGCCGACAAGCGUUCUACACGACAACCUGUUCCUAAAGCACUCUCCACCCUCCUCCACCAAGACCCCUCGCGCCCACACGUCGAAGGCAUAUCUGGUCUGGGCUCGAUGCCCUCCUUCGCAUCCGACCGCGCCCGCGAGAUACAACGUAUCAAGGACUUCGAGGAAGAUAAUUUCACUCGGCUAGUAAUGAAGAAAACCGAGGCGCGCAGGCGACGAAAGGACGAAGAGGAUUUGGCACUCGGAGGUACAGGAGCUGGAAAGGGUAGGAAGAGAGGCCGGGGCCUGGAGGAUGAAUUUGCGGAUGUGCUUCACUCAAUCGGGCGCACGAAGACGGGAGUGCUUGGCGAUGGAUAUGAAGAACUCAGGCAACGGGGUAAAAAAGGCGAUGCCUUAUCCAGAUCGCGAACCACAUGGAAGGGGGAUCUUGAGGAUGCAAACAAUGACGAGCCGCGACUGAAGAAACGCACAAGAUUCGAGAAGGCAAAGACGACUUUACACAAGAAAAUGAAGGCAAGGAGAUAGCUUUUUUUCCUUUCCAAGUUCCUGUUAUGUUUUCUGUACCAUCCCAAUGACCUGGCCAUUUUGAAUCAAAGUUCAGCGGGUGCAGAUAAUAAAUUGUUCUCUUAGAUCAACGUCGACCAUAGUUCGGGGGCCAUAUUUGGUUUAUUAUACCUCGUCAAAUUAGCUGCCAACUACACACUUGCAGGAAGUAGUCACGGCU